UAAUGACAUUUGUAACUAUCCUGUAAGUACAUUCCUUCCAAAAAUAUCAUUUGGUAAAGGACAAUGUCAGCCAUGGGAAGCGCAGGAAACAGGAAACAGAUAAUCUUUUAGAAAGCAGCUUCAAACUCUUAAUGAUAAGGUCUAUUCUGCAAUACCCACCCCUGCCAAAGCUUUGAGUCUUCUAAUGGAUCCUCUCCUGUUUAGCAUAUUCUGCACCCUUUUUUCUCUAUUCAGUUUCAUUUAUUUGUAUCGGUCGUCCAAGAAAGGAAGCAGAAGCUGCAGUGCACCACAAGCUGGUGGUGCUUUACCCAUCAUUGGCCACAUGCACCUCUUUGGUGGUCAACAACUCACCCACAAAACAUUAGGUGGCAUGGCUGACAAAUAUGGACCUGUUUUCUGCAUAAGGCUAGGAUCACACGAUGUAUUGGUUUUAAAUAGUUGGGAGAUGGCCAAAGAAUGUUUCACAGUCCAUGAUAAAGUCUUCUCAACUAGACCAAAUAUUGCUGCUUCAAAGCUUCUAGGCUAUGAUUUUGCUAUGUUCGGGUUUGCUCCUUAUGGAUCGUAUUGGCGUGAGAUGCGCAAGAUUGCUACAAUUGAGCUUCUAUCUAGCAACCGGAUUGAUAUGCUCAAACAUAUACGAGUUUCAGAGGUAAAGACUGCAGUAAGAGAAUUGUACAAGACAUGGCUUAGCGAAGGUAAUGAGGAAAGGGGAGUAUCUGUGGAUAUGAAGCAGUGGUUUGGGGAUCUAACUCUUAAUAUUGCUUUGAGAAUGGUGGGAGGGAAAAGAUACUUCGGACCAAACGCUGAUUGUGAGGAAGUUGAAGCACAGGGAUGCAAGAAAGUAAUGAGAGAUUUCUUUUAUUUGUUCGGAGUGUUCGUCUUGUCUGAUGUGAUACCGUUUCUUGGGUGGCUGAAUUUUCAGGGAUAUGAAAAAACCAUGAAAAGAACAGCAAAGGAAUUGGACAGUAUUGUAGGAGGGUGGCUAAAGGAGCAUAAACAGAAGAGAAAUUUGGGUGGAGGGGUGAUAGAAGAGCAGGAUUUCAUGGAUGCGAUGCUGAGCAUCCUGGAAGAUGCCAACGUUAAUGAUUUCGACGCCGACACAAUUAACAAGGCUACUUGCUUGAAUUUAGUCUUAGGAGGGAGUGACACAACCAUGGUCACUCUCACCUGGACCUUGUCUUUGCUACUAAAUAAUCCUCGCGUGCUAAAAAAGGCCCAGGAUGAGCUAGACAUGCACGUUGGCAAGCAUAGACCAUUAGAAGAAUCUGAUAUCCAAAACCUGGUCUACCUUCAAGCCAUUGUCAAGGAAACAUUGCGCUUAUACCCAUCGCAACCAGUCAUUGGCCUUCGAGCUGCAUUAGAAGAUUGUAUCCUCUCAACAGGCUACCACAUUCCAUCAGGUACACGACUAAUGGUAAAUGCUUGGAAGAUUCAACGUGACGAGCGUGUAUGGUCAGAACCCCAUGAUUUUCAACCUGAGAGGUUUUUGACCACCAACAAGGAUAUGGAUUUUCAAGGCCAAACUUUUGAACUCAUCCCUUUUGGCUUAGGAAGAAGAUCGUGCCCCGGGGUGUCUCUAGCCCUCAAGAUGCUGCACUUUAUCUUGGGUAGCUUGUUGCACAGUUUUGAAGUUGGUAAGCCAUCAAAGCUGGAAGAUGUUGAUAUGACGGAAAGCACUGGGUUAACAAAUCUGAAAGCAACCCCUCUUGAAGUUCUAAUCACCCCGCGUCUUGAGUCCAAGCUCUAUGAGUUAUAGACCUUGAAUUGAUAAAGUUUACUGGAUGAAAAGUUGACACUGAGAUGACAGAAGUGGUGAACAUGUGGGCUUUUUACAUUAGUCGUGUAUUGCUUUCCUAGUAUCAUAUCUAUGAUGAAAUGUCGUUAUGUUAUUGAAAUUUUAGGCCACUUUCAAUAAAUUUCAAGGCAGUCUACAUUACCAA